AGAAAUUUACUUGUUACAUACUAUGAUGCGGAUGCAGUCUGGAGGAGUACUGACAGUUGAGCCUCCUUUCAUAACAAAACGCUGCCAAUACACCAUUAAACAGUAGCUGUAAGUUAGAAACACGUUCAGCGGUCGUCUGGAACAUAUCAGAUACAUUGAUAUGCGUUGGGGAUAAGUUUUUGAUAAGUUUUUGCCAGAUUUUUCGUACAUCAGGCAUAGGCUGUCUAAAUCAUCAGAGGUUUGACAGGGGCUUAAAUGGAGAAGCUACAGCAUUCUGGGCAGGUAGUAAAUGCUGCAGGUUGAUCAAGUAAGAAAGUAGAGUUACUCUAAUGUCAAAGCCGUAUCUGGUCCGUGAAUUGUUUAUUCAUUGCCCCGUGAAUGAUAUUUAAUUACCAUUAGAACCGGCCCACAGGCCACGGCCGUUUGUGCCUGCUGCUAUAGUGUUGUGUUGCAUGCACCAACACUACAUUCCCAGUCAAAAACAAGAUUGUGUUUUUAUUUUCUUUUAUUUAAAUUUUUUGGUAGUGCUUUGCAUGUUUGGAUUGUUUUGGUCUUUGCUUUUCCACCUUUAACAAUCCAAGCUGGGCUGUCGGUGAAGUGCACUAACUGCACUAUGCAACUGCUGCGUGCAGGUGUCAGCAGAGGCUGAUUAAAGCCAAAAUGAAAGGAGCCUGGAUGGAGGGAGGGGCGGAUACAGGUAAAGCCAGGACAUAUAACUUUGGGUUUGGUUCUGCUACAAGCUUUAAAAUUAGACGGCCAGCUUCCCCCAGAUAUUUAUUACUUAAAAAAUAAGUAAUAAAUAAAUAAAACUGAAGAUUAUAAAAGACAAUAAAUAAACAAGGUAAUUAUAACAAAGCCGAAUAAAUAAAUCAGCGCUCCAACUGACUAUAUAUUGCUCUAAUGUGAGCCAAAAGAAUUGACAAAGGCUCCUGAUAGAUGUCGAAACGUCUUCAAAAAACUGGACGAGAGUCCGGCUUUUAAGCCCGUUUAUGUUUAACCUUACUAUUAACAUAGGCGUUUUAUGGACAUGAGUCAUUUUUUACAACCCUUCAGCCUUUGGUCGGACAUAACAGGUGCAGCUAAGGGUUGUUUUUCAUCCAUUCACCUCUAGAACUCUUUCCAAGAAAGCUAGAUUCUAUAUCUUAAUAGCUCAUAAAUCUGUAAACUUAAAGUGCCUGCUGCCUGUGAGAACAGACAGGCACAAAGUGUGGAGCUACAUAGAAAACACUUUACAGAAUUUUAUCUGAAGUAGCUAUGGCUACAAAUGUGGAUUCAAAAGUAGUGAUAGUAGGCUGUGGGAUAGCAGGGAUUGCUGCGGCUCAAAGGCUCCUUAAAUCUGGGUUCUCUAAUGUCCGGAUCCUGGAGGCGACUCAAAGAAGUGGGGGAAGAAUUAAGACAUGCAGACUGGGUAAUACCAGUAUAGAAAUCGGUGCAGCUUUUAUCCACGGUCCAUCUGAGGAGAACCCAGUAUUUUGUUUGGCCCGUGACUAUAACCUCCUGGACCCUAAAUGCCUCACUCCAGAGAAUCAGUCUGUAGAUGUUGGUGAAUAUCCUCCUCUGGUUCCCAACUGGUUCACCAGCUCAGGUCAGAAGGUGAAUCCUGAAAGCAUGAAUCCCGCGCUGGAGCUGUUUCAUGAGCUUCUUCAAAAUACUCCGCAAUCUAAGACUCACAAACCAAGAUCCUGGCCAAGUGUGGGGGAUUUCAUUAAAUCUGAGGUACGAAGGCGAGCAGCUAAGAGGUGGAAAGAUAAAGAUAAGAGCACCAGGAAGCUGCUUCUUGGUGCCAUCAGUACAAUGUUAAAGGAGGAAUGCUGUUCAAGUGCUACAAACUCUAUGGAGGAGCUGGAUCUAGUAGGAUUUUCGAUGUACCAAAGUAUCAAGGGAGUAGACUGCACAUUUCCUAGCGGCACAGAGGACUUAGUAAGCAACUUAAUGUCAGAGCUCCCGGCUGACUUGGUGUCUUACAGUCGGCCUGUGCGCUGCAUUCACUGGAGCAACAGAAAGAGCGGAGUGAAUGCUGUGGUGGUAGAAUGUGAGGAUGGGGAUAGAAUCCCUGCUGACCAUGUUAUCGUGACUGUGUCUCUAGGAUACUUAAAGAAGCACCACUCUACUCUGUUCUCACCUCCUCUUCCCGCUCAGAAGCUUCGGUCGAUUCAUAAAAUAGGAUUUGGAACAUGCGACAAAAUCCAUGUUGAGUUUGAAUCCCCCUGGUGGGAUGCUGACUGUGAGAUCAUCUAUCUUCUGUGGGAUGACGAGGAAAAUAUUUCAGAUCAUGUGUUGGAAAUAGGUGAAAAGUGGAUCAGGAAGAUCUCCUCGUUCACUGUGGUGAAACCCUCUCAAAGAGGCAGCCAUGUUCUCUGUGGUUGGAUUUCUGGACAUGAGGCAGAGCAUAUGGAGACGCUUCCUGAGCAGGAAGUCAGGCGCUCUAUCACCGAGCUGAUACAUACUUUCACAGGAGACCAUACCAUCACACCAAAGAGAAUCGUGUGCAGCCGGUGGUUCCAUGAUCCCUGGACGUUAGGAUCCUACUGUCAUCCAGCAAACGGCUGUUCAGCACAGGAUUUUAAGAACAUGAUGGGACCCCUGCCUGUAACAGGAGAGCAACAGGCCCUACAGGUAUUGUUUGCUGGAGAGGCGACUCAUCCCAGCUAUUACUCCAGCCUCCAUGGAGCACUCCUCUCUGGGUGGAGAGAAGCUGACAGACUCAUCUCUCAUUAUUCUGUCACAUGUCCCCAUCCUUCACAAAAGAUUUAAACCUCCAUAGCAUAAAAUAAUAUUUUUUAUCCUUUUAAAUUAAGUGAAACAUCAAUAUCAUUGUUAAAAGAAGGAACUCUAAUCUAGUUUUCAGAACACACCAAAGCCACACAUUGUAAUAAACUGAGGCUUUGAUAAGUGGCUAGAAAUCUGUAGCAGGUUACAAAUUUUCAGUAGGUACACCAAUAGGCAAUUAAUCUGACUGUUAUUUGAUGUAACUUGGUCAGUGGUUCGAUUCAAAUGUUGAUGGGGAAACAAUUUGUGAAUGGGAAUGUCCACAGGGAACAUCUGUAAAAAGUUUCCUGUUGAGCAGACAAGGCUUACAGGAGCUGUAAGGACAAAAAAAAAAAAGCUUUAAAAUAUACAAUGAAUUAACUAAUAGAGUACAUCUGUAUUAAAGCAGAAUAUCAAAAUAAAAUGUCUGUUGUAGUAGUGUUGUGUUUUUUUAUUAUUAAUAUUUUACUGGUACACUAUUGUCGUUUGAGAGGUUUAUUUCAGCAGAGCUAUAAAAUUAAUGUUCUCUACAAAGAG